AACCAAAACAAAAGACUUUUGGGUGGGUCACUUUUUUAUUCUCAAAGGGCAGAGCCACCCCAGCAGCUGUCAGGUUCUACUCCACAGUUGGACAUGUACCGGGCUGAUUCAUCUAGGCUACAUGUUAGGGCUCUCAAUACUCAGUUUGCAAGCUGGGUGAAAAAACAAUUACAGAACCACCCCGAUGAGUUCUGGGAAGAUGGCGCCCAAGACUAUUUAACCCAUGCUUCAUCCAUCAUGGAGAAAUUCAAUGAUGUUAUAUAUUGGCUUAAUACAAAUGAGGCCAAAGCAGAAACUAUGACCUUUCUUGGAUUUCAGUCAGCUUCUAAGACACAGGCUUCUGAAGAUAAAGAAAAC